GCCACCGUCAUCACCAAAAUACCAUUCCGCCACAUUACAAGUUCCGUGAACUGCCCACCAAAACAAACCAGCGGAAUCAAAAUUGCCAAUUUUCUUUCUCUCGAAUCCAAACGUAAAAGAAACCCUAGAUUUAAUUUAAUCAAAGAUGCCGAAGAAGAUGGGAGUGAACAGCAAAGCCGAAGAGGCUCGAGCUCGUAAGAACGCAACAGAAGCCGAUAAAAAGUCUCGCGAGGCUCGCGAGAAAGAGGAACAGUACUGGCGCGAAGCCGAGGGGUCGAAAUCACGCGCUGCGAAGAAACGUGAGGAAGAAUCGGAGAAAAGAGCUGAAGCCGCCGCGCGUAAAGCCGAGGCGCGCAGAUUAGCGGAGCAGGAAGAGAAGGAGCUGGAGAAGGCUAUGAAGAAGCCGGAUAAGAAGGCGAAUAGGGUUUCGAUUCCGGUGAAGGUGACGGAAGCGGAGUUGAUGAAGAGGAGGGAGGAGGAACAAGCGGAGAUGGCGAGGAAAGCGGAUGAGGCGAAGAAGAGAAAGGAUAGGACCGCGGAGGAAGAGGAGUAUGAGAGGAUGGUGCUGGUUUCGAAUACGAAUAGGGAUGACUCGAUUAUUGAAGCGAGUAGUGUUGAGGAAGCGAUUGCGCGGAUCAGUGUUGCUGAUAACUUGCCUGCUGAUCGGCAUCCUGAGAGGAGGCUUAAGGCCUCGUUUAAGGCUUUUGAAGAAGCUGAGCUCCCCAAGCUCAAGGAAGAGAAGCCAGGCCUUACACAUACACAAUACAAGGACAUGAUAUGGAAGCUAUGGAAGAAAUCUCCUGACAAUCCUCUUAACCAGGCUAGUGAGUGAAAGCCGUUGCAUUUUCAUGGGCUGUGUUUUCUUGGGACUUGCUGUCAAGGAGAGGUUCGCUGGGCAUCCUAUCAUAGAUAUGUGGACAAAUAAACUUAUAUGAAACUUGUAUGUAUGUUUGCCAGCCAAAUUUGAAUCCAAUAACAACUGGGGCAUAAGCAAUCCUUUCUUUGUUGCAAGGCCUCAUUUUUUUUAUGAAAUGUUAUUUCACAAUUUGCUGAGCA